AUGCUGAUGGACGCCUACGAUGACGAAAGUCCCGGGAUCCGCAUUGUCUACAGGACGCAUGGCCAACUACCCCAUCAGCUGCUGAUGCAAUCUCAGUCGUGUGCAUCCAGAACUACCGUCCAUAAAAUUCUUUUAGCCAGCAAUCGCGCUCUCAACACCACCUCAGAAGGGGACAUGCAAAGAAGUAUGAACCUCUUCGCUGUCGUCUGCGACAACUUUGGCCUGGUCAUCAACACGGAGAAGGCGACGGUUAUGCACCAAACGCCACCCAAAGUUGCCUACAGUGCAUCCCAAAUCAACAUGAACGACGUCCAAGUGCAAGCCGUGAGCAACUUCACCUAUCUGCGAAGCACCCUCUCCCGCAGCACCAAAGUCGAUAAUGAAAUGGCCCACGGGGUUUCUAAGACCAUCGGAGACUUUGGCCGCCUGCAAAACACCGUCUGCAAAGCUCACAGCCUCCACCUCGGCACCGAACUUAAGAUGCACAAAGUGGUCAUUCUGCCGACGCAGCUGCAUGAAGCCGAGACCUGGACAAUGUAG